CUUCUCAACCAUAAGCCUUCGACUCAAAUAUUCGUUCAUAAUCCUUCUCUGCAAACACUUUGAACUAAAGCUAAGAAAAUGAAGGCAGGUGCAGAAGAAGCCGGUGAGGCUCCCCAGGAUGAUGCUCCAAAAACAGCUGUAAACAGAGGGAUAUCCAGACUCGAUUUUAUUAUGAGAAUAGUUGCUGUUAUUGGCACCUUCGGAAGUGCGGUUGCCAUGGGAACUACAAGUGAAUCAUUUCCCUUAUUCACACAGUUCAUCCGUUUCAGGGCUAAAUACAAUGAUCUUCCUACAUUUACGUUCUUUGUGGUCGCAAAUGUCAUUGUAACCGCCUAUCUGAUCCUUUCUCUCCUGUUAUCCAUCUUUCACAUUGUAAAAAGUGACGCACGAGUAACAAGGACAGUAUUGAUCAUCUUUGAUAUGGCAAUGCUGGCUUUUUUGACAUCUGGGGCUUCUGCUGCGACUGCCAUUGUUUACCUAGCCCACAAAGGCAAUACUCGGGCCAACUGGUUUGCUAUCUGUCAACAGUUCAACUCCUUCUGUGAGCGAGUCUCUGGCUCUUUAGUUGGAUCAUUUAUAGCAAUUCUUGUGCUUAUGCUGUUGAUCGUGUUGUCUGCUGUUGCUCUGUCACGGAAUUGAUUUGGCAUGGUAAAUUUUUACGUUUGAGCAAACCAGGAUCCUGAUCGUGUCUGAAUUGUUUGUCGUAUUUAUUUCUAUUCCUUUAUGACACUCACAUUUCAUUCGUGCAUCUCAAUUGUAUCUGUUGUUGGCCAAGUUCCAGAUUUGCCAUCGGUAAAGGAACAAUUUCAUUAUGUAUUACAUUUACAUUGUUUGAUUCAGCCUAUGAUUCAGAAACCACGCUAGCAACAUUAUGUUUAUA